GGCGGGACGCGGCUCUGGCCGGGCUCGCAGGGCGGAUAGAGCGGGGCCGGCGCGGCGGAGCGGGGCCGCUAUGGGCUCCCAGGCGCUGCAGAUCCUGCGCCAGGGCGUGUGGGCGGCGCUAAGCGGUGGUUGGUACCAGGACCCGCACCAGGGCGCCGGGGUCAACGCGCUGCACCUGUAUCUGUGGCUCUUCCUGCUGGGCUUCCCCUUCACUCUUUACAUGGCCCUUCCUUCUUCAAUGGUGAUAGUAGCAGUCUACUGUCCAGUGAUAGCAGCUCUCUUCAUUGUUCUGAAAAUGGUGAACUACCGUUUGCACAGGGCAUUGGAUGAAGGAGAAAUUGUGGAGAGGAAUGCCAGUGAACAUAUGGACAGGGGUGCAAAAACUGAACAAGGCAAUACUUCAACCAGGAGAACAGACAGCAAUGGGCCCAGUGACCCUGGUGGAGGGAUUGAGAUGUCUGAGUUCAUACGAGAAGCCACUCCCCCAGUUGGCUGCAGUUCACGCAAUUCUUAUGCUGCUCUAGACCCAAACAAUCAGAUUGGAUCAGGAUUAUCUCGUCUUGGAACAACAGCAACCAUCAAAGGAGAUACUGACACUGCGAAGACUUCUGAUGAUAUCAGUUUAAGUCUUGGCCGGAGUUGUAGUCUUUGUAAAGAAGGGAGUGAAGAACAAGAUUUGGCAGCUGAUCAGAAGAUUCUUCAUCUGGUCUCCAAUGACUCCUUUGUUUCCAUCCAGCCUUCGUUAUCCUCUGGACAGGAUUUGCCAAGGGACAACAGUGAUAAAGUGUGCCUCCCUAACAACCACCAUGUGGAUCAGUCUCUAUCUAGUGCAUGUGACACUGAAAUGGCUUCUCUUGUACCUUUGCAUUCCCACUCCUAUAGAAAAGAUCACAGACCACGAGGUGUGCCAAGGACCUCUAGCUCUGCUGUUGCUUUUCCAGAUGCUUCUCUAAAUGACUUUCCUCUCUAUCAACAAAAACGAGGACUAGAUCCAGUCAGUGAGUUGGAAGCUUCCAAACCCCAUUGUGGAUCUAAAGAAUCCUUAGCUGAGAACUCUUGUAUUUCAGGAGUCUUUCAGUUAGAUGACAUCCUGAAAAGUAGUAGCCCUCAGCAGCUGGCCAAGAGUGGGAAGAGCAAAUCUUUGAAAGCAGAGAAAAGCGUGGACAGUCUGAGAAGCCUGAGUGGUAGGAGUAGUGGUUCAACAGAAAGCUAUUGCAGUGGAAUUGAUCGUGACACUAACAGUACCAUCAGUAGCUACAAAAGUGAGCAGACCAGUUCAACUCAUGUAGAAAAUGUGUUGUCAGAGCAUGAGGAGUCUCCUAGAGAAGAGAGCAAGACCAGCAAGAGAAAGGACUGCUGUAUUGACUCAGAGGAUGACAGUAGCUCUGCUACAGAUAAAAGGUCUAGUAGUGAAAGAACUGCUGUAGAAAUGAGCACUAAUAGUGGUGUUCAAGAAACAAAGGAUUCUAACACAUCCGAUGAGAUACACAGUCAAAGGGGUCUUAGUGCCUCUGCUUCAGAAGAAGCCAAUAAGAACCCACAUGCCAAUGAACUGACUACACAAGUAGACAGGCCACCUGGGAAGGCUGCUGAAACACGAGAUGAUCAGAGUGAGAAAUUGGCUGCCUUAGUUGAUUCAAGAACUUGUAAAGAAACAGGUGGUAAACAAAAGGAAGGAGAUGUACGACCUAAAUCCUCUAGCUUAAUCCAUCGGACAGCCUCUGUUCAUAAAUCGAGCAGGAGACGGACAGGAAAAAAGCGGGCUAGUAGUUUUGACUCAAGCCGGCAUAGGGAAUACAUUUCCUUUCGAGGUGUGUCUGGAACCAAACCCCAAAGUGCUGUGUUUUGUCAUGACGAGGACUCCAGUGAUCAGAGUGACUUGAGCAGGACCUCAAGCAUGCAGUCAGCCCACCAGUUCAGCAGUGAUAGCUCUUCCAGCACCACUUCCCAUUCAUGUCAGUCUCCUGAGGGAAAGUACAAUGCUCUAAAGACCAAAUACAUUAAAGAAAGAGGAGGCGCAGACUCAAACACCCACAAAGCCCAUUUAGGCUCUGAAGGAAUUAGCAAAAAACGUUCAACACGUCGAACUUCUAGCACUAACAGUGUGAAGAGUCGUGCCAGAGUAUUAAGUCUGGACAGUGGUACUGUAGCCUGUUUAAAUAACCCAAAUAGCUUAAUGGCACCAGGUAACAUAAAACAAUUAACCACUUCAAAAUCAGAUUUGGAGGCCAAAGAGGGAGAGGUGCUAGAUGAGCUAUCUCUAUUGGGAAGGGCUUCACAUUUAGAGUCAGUCACUCGUUCUAGGAAUAGCUUGCCAAGCCAGGCUAUGUUUCCCGAAGGGGAAGAGCAAGAAUCAGCAAGUGGAGCAGCACAAGCCAGCGAGGAGACUGUCAUGUUUCACCGUGAACGCAGCACAUUUAGGCGUCAGGCAGUACGGCGCCGGCACAAUGCAGGGAGUAACCCCACCCCUCCCACAUUGCUCAUCGGAUCGCCCCUCAGCCUUCAAGAUGGUCAGCAAGACCAGCAAUCCACAACACAGGUCAAAGUCCAGUCCCGCCCCCCUUCCCAGGCAGCUGUGCUCAGCGCUAGCGCCUCCUUGCUGGUGAGAAAUGGGAGUGUCCACUUAGAAGCAUCACAUGACAAUGCAUCUGCUGUAGGCGGUAGCAGUUUGCACGAUGAACUUGGUAAGUUUAGUUCUACACUCUUCGAGACGGGAGGCUGUGACAUGUCACUUGUGAACUUUGAGCCAGCUGCAAGAAGAUCAUCCAACAUCUGUGACACGGACUCUCACGUAUCAAGCUCUACCUCAGUUCGCUUUUAUCCACAUGAUCUACUUUCUCUUCCUCAGAUCAGGUUGAACAGGCUGUUAACUAUAGAUACAGAUCUGCUGGAGCACCAAGACAUUGACCUAAGCCCUGACCUUCAGGACCGUAUGCAAUCACAAGAGGAAGCAGCCCAGAAAGUUAAACAAUACUAUCGCUUUUGGAUCCUACCCAAGCUGUGGAUUGGCAUUAAUUUUGAUAGGCUAACUCUCUUGGCUUUGUUUGAUAGGAAUCGUGAGAUCCUUGAAAAUGUGUUAGCUGUCAUCCUAGCUGUUUUAGUUGCUUUCCUGGGUUCUGUACUCCUUAUAGAGGGCUUUUUCAAGGAUAUCUGGGUCUUCCAGUUUUGCCUGGUAAUAGCCAGUUGUCAGUACUCACUGCUCAAGAGUGUUCAACCAGAUUCUUCUUCCCCUCGACAUGGUCAUAAUCGUAUCAUAGCCUAUAGUAGGCCUGUUUAUUUCUGUUUGUGUUGCGGUCUUAUAUGGUUGUUGGAUUAUGGCAGCAGAAAUACAUCUACAACAAGGUUCAGGUUGUAUGGAGUGGUCUUCACCAACCCGUUGCUGCUGCUGUCUGCCAGGGACUUAGUUAUAGUAUUUACGCUGUGUUUCCCUAUAGUAUUCUUCAUUGGUCUACUGCCUCAGGUGAAUACAUUUGUGAUGUACCUCUGUGAACAGCUGGAUAUUCAUGUCUUUGGUGGCAACGCCACUACAAGCCUGCUUGCAGCCCUUUACAGUUUUAUCUGUAGUAUUGUGGCAGUAGCAUUAUUGUAUGGAUUGUGUUAUGGCGCCCUGAAGGAUUCUUGGGAUGGCCAGCAUGUUCCAGUCCUCUUCUCAAUAUUCUGUGGCUUGUUAGUAGCGAUAUCCUAUCAUCUCAGCAGACAAAGUAGUGACCCUUCUGUACUUUUCUCUUUAGUACAAUCAAAAUUUUUUCCUAAUUCCGAAGACAAAAACCCAGAGGAUCCUCUGUCUGAAGUCAAAGAUCCUUUACCUGAAAAACUUAGAAAUUCAGUGAAUGAACGGUUACAGUCUGACCUGAUAGUGUGCCUCGUCAUUGGUGUACUCUAUUUUGCUAUUCAUGUCAGUACAGUAUUCACAGUUUUGCAGCCUGUCCUUAGCUACAUUUUGUAUGCGUUGGUGGGCUCCGUAGGAUUUUUAACCCAUUAUGUGCUGCCUCAACUCCGAAAGCAGCUUCCUUGGCACUGCUUCUCUCACUCAUUGCUGAAAACCAAGGAAUAUUAUCAAUUUGAAGUCCGAAAUGCUGCCCAUGUAAUGUGGUUUGAGAAACUUCAUGUGUGGCUCCUCUUUGUGGAGAAGAACGUUAUCUACCCAUUGAUAGUCCUCAAUGAGCUCAGCAGCAGUGCCAAGAACAUUGCUAGUCCAAAGAAACUGGACACAGAGAUUGGCGCUUUAAUGAUCACCAUAGCUGGUUUGAAGUUGUUGCGUUCCUCUUUCAGCAACCCAACCUGCCAGUAUGUCACUGUUAUUUUCACAGUGCUCUUCUUUACAUUUGACUACAAAAGUUUUUCUGAGACCAUGCUGCUAGACCUCUUCUUCAUGUCCAUACUCUUCAGCAAGCUCUGGGAACUCUUUUAUAAAUUGAGAUUUGUGUAUACUUAUAUUGCUCCUUGGCAGAUCACGUGGGGCUCUGCUUUCCAUGCUUUUGCCCAGCCCUUUGCUGUGCCACAUUCUGCAAUGUUGUUUGUUCAAGCGGCUGUGUCGGCUUUCUUCUCCACCCCACUGAACCCCUUUCUGGGAAGUGCAAUAUUCAUCACUUCAUAUGUCAGACCUGUCAAAUUCUGGGAAAGAGACUACAACACAAAGCGUGUGGACCAUUCAAACACAAGACUCGCUUCCCAGCUUGAUAGAAAUCCAGGUUCAGAUGAUAACAACCUGAAUUCAAUCUUCUAUGAGCAUUUAACCCGUUCCCUUCAGCACAGCCUGUGUGGAGACCUGUUGCUGGGGCGGUGGGGGAACUACAGUACUGGGGACUGCUUCAUCCUAGCUUCUGACUACCUCAAUGCACUAGUACACCUUAUAGAGAUAGGAAAUGGUCUGGUCACCUUCCAGCUGAGGGGGCUUGAAUUCAGAGGCACUUACUGUCAGCAACGAGAAGUAGAGGCCAUCACCGAGGGAGUAGAGGAAGAUGAAGGGUUUUGUUGCUGUGAACCUGGCCACAUCCCACAUAUGCUUUCGUUCAAUGCUACCUUUGGCCAACGCUGGCUGGCAUGGGAAGUGCUUGUGACAAAGUAUGUUCUGGAAGGCUACAGCAUCACAGACAACAGUGCCGCUUCCAUGCUUCAAGUCUUCGAUCUUCGGAAAAUUCUCACCACUUAUUAUGUCAAGGGCAUUAUCUAUUAUGUGUCAACCUCCCCCAAGCUGGAGGAAUGGUUAGCUAAUGAGACAAUGCAGGAAGGAUUACAGCCAUGUGCAGACUGCAACUAUGUUGAUGUGGACCCUACAUUUAAUCCAAAUAUUGAUGAGGAUUAUGACCAUCAUCUAGCAGGGGUCUCCAGAGAAAGCUUCUGUGCAACUUACCUCAACUGGAUAGAGUACUGCUGCUCCCGAAGAGAAAAGCCGCUGGAUGCAGAUAAAGACUCCUCCUUGGUGACUCUUUGUUACGGACUCUGUGUUCUGGGGCGGAGAGCUUUGGGGACUGCUUCCCAUCAUAUGUCUAGUAAUUUGGAAUCUUUCCUGUAUGGGCUGCAUGCCCUGUUUAAGGGCGACUUCCGUAUCUCUUCAAUCCGAGAUGAAUGGAUCUUUGCUGACAUGGAAUUGCUGAGGAAAGUGGUGGUUCCUGGAAUACGCAUGUCACUCAAACUACAUCAGGACCACUUCACUUCCCCAGAUGAAUACGAUGACCCUACUGUCCUCUACGAAGCCAUUGUAUCCCAUGAGCAAAACCUGGUUAUAGCACAUGAAGGGGACCCUGCCUGGAGGAGCGCUGUCCUUUCCAACUCUCCCUCCCUGCUUGCCCUCCGCCAUGUGAUGGAUGAUGGCACUAAUGAAUAUAAAAUCAUCAUGCUGAACAAGCGGUAUCUCAGUUUCAGAGUAAUCAAGGUAAAUAAGGAGUGUGUGCGUGGCCUCUGGGCUGGGCAGCAGCAGGAACUUGUCUUCCUGCGUAACCGUAACCCAGAAAGAGGGAGCAUCCAAAAUGCAAAGCAGGCUUUGAGGAAUAUGAUCAAUUCUUCCUGUGACCAGCCCAUUGGAUACCCAAUCUAUGUCUCACCUUUGACUACUUCCUAUUCGGAUAGCCAUGAUCAGCUCAAGGAGUUUCUUGGGGGAGCUAUCAGUCUGGGAAAUAUCAGAAACUUCAUAGUGUCCACAUGGCACAGAUUAAGGAAAGGUUGUGGUGCUGGCUGCAACAGUGGUGGAAACAUUGAAGAUUCAGAUGCUGGAGGUGGAGCUUCCUGCACAAGUAACAGUGCAGCUGCCAAUGAGUCGCAAAGCAGCAUGUCACAAGCAGGAGGGAAUUUAAUUACAGGGCAGGGCCCUGGAGUGGGACUCCACCCUCCUGUCACAUCUCACCCCUCAACAUUAGGCACCAGUCACAGCUCCCACUCUGUGCAGUCAAGCCUUGUCAGACAUUCCCCUGCCCGUGCCUCGGUAGCCAGCCAUUCAUCUUAUUGCUACAGCAGUCGCCAUUCAUCACUUCGCACGUCCACUACAGGCUUUGUGCCUUGCCGACGCUCUUCCACCAGUCAGAUAUCCCUUCGUAACCUCCCAUCCUCCAUCCAGUCCCGCCUAUCCAUGGUGAACCAAAUGGAACCCACUAGCCAGACUGGCGUUGUCAUCGUGCAGCAUGGCCUACCCUCUUCCAGCAGCUCCAGCCAAAGCAUCCCAGCCUGUAAACAACAUGCCCUUGUGGGCUUUCUAGGAACAGAAGGAGGGAAUAACGUAACUGAUGCACAGUCAGGUGGUAAUGCAAGCCCUGCAAACCAUAUGCAAGCCAAAAGGGAUGAAGUUAUUUACAGAAUCCAGAUAAUGGAUCCCAGCCAAGUACUGGAAGGGAUCAACAUGUCUAAAAGGAAGGAGCUGCAGUGGCCAGAUGAGGUGAUACGACUAAAAGCUGGAAGAAAUAGCUGGAAAGACUGGAGUCCUCAGGAAGGCAUGGAAGGCCAUGUGAUUCACCGCUGGGUGCCUUGCAGCAGAGAUCCAGGGAGUAGGUCCCACAUAGAUAAAACCAUCCUGCUGGUCCAGAUUGAAGACAAAUAUGUUGCUGUGGUUGAAACUGGAGUCCUAGAACUUGGGGCUGAAGUGUGAGCCACACUGAUAAUUAAACUUCCCCUCCUCCAAGGAUUCAGAAGAGAGGAGGAAUCAGGAGAGGAUGCUCCCAGGGCAUGAAACUUUAGUCGAGUUAUAGGACAGGACUUAAAAACAGGGGGCUUGUAGAAGGCCCUUCUCCAAAAUAAAGACGUGUAAGAGCUGGGUUUUUUAAGUUGUUAGCUGCUGAGGAAACAUUUGCAUGAAGGGUAAAGAUUUGUUGAGACAUCGUUUUUGUUUUGAAACUUUGUUUUAUGCAUUGUGUAUUGCUCUAAAUCAACAAACUUCAGUUCUAAAAUAGGAGCGCCUCAUAUUUUUCUAUUGCUUUGCCAAAAAUUGCCAUGUUUUGUCACAGAGCAUGUGGCGUCCAUUCACCUUAUUCAAAGAAAGUGACUAGCAUACAAACCUUUGGUUCAGUGUAAAGCCAUAUAGAGGUUUGAUGUAUGGCGAGAGACUGAACAGACAUAUAGAUUAUCUUCUUCCUUGUGAGCUAAAAUCUUUAAUGAGAGAACUGCACUAAUUUUUUACAGCAAUGCACUAAAAUAUCUGAGAUUGCUCAGAACAUUUAUUUAUAUAUAAAUAAAAUAUCAUUAUUUAAAUUGCCUUUGGGAUUAACCCCCCUCCCUCUCCAUAUACAUGUUGACGGUAAAAGCUGUGCCAGGGAUUCUGUUUGGUUCAACAGUCUGUAUUUCCUAUCAGUGCAUUGCAUCCUUUUCAGAAUAAAUGGCAGAAUACCAAAUAUCUAGUAAUGUACCUGAAAAUCCCCAUAACUGUAUCAAAGGCUAUUUUGGUUGUGGUGCACAACCACAUCAAUCAUCUGUACAACAUAUUCAGCUUUAAAGUGGGUCCCAAUGCACUAAUUUGCAUCCUUUGUCUCCCUUAGAUAGUCCUGACUUCUCUGCUCCUUUACACAUGGAGCUAACUCAGUUAUACUGACAGCUCUUCUCUGGAAAAGGCACUUGAUUUUUGAGGGAGGUAAAGGUGAAUCUUAGUCCAUGAUCCAUGUCUAUUUUCUGAGACCUUGAAGGUUUUCAGAUUCAAUCCAGUUAAACAAGUGAGGGUUUGUUUUUGUUUUUUAAGGAAUUAUAGAGGAGGCACAGCCCUAAACUGUUGUAUCAAUUUUACCAUCUCACCUUUCCUUUCCCUCUAGUCUUCAUUCUUUUCUAUGACUUGAAUUUUAUUUUCAAUGAUUAUAUAUUCUAUGUAACUGUAAUUUGAGUAUUUAUAACUGUGAAGUUCAGUUAUUCAUGUGUUACAUAUCCUAGGUUUUAUCGUGUUUUUUUUAAAUAUGUUAUUCAGGGAAACAAGUAACUCAAAUUUACCAUGGGGGUGUGAGGAGAAAACUUCAGUUUAGAAUUAAGUUGCAGCUCCUCUGACUUGAUUCUCUUAAUCCAUGAGAAAAAUGUACAUGUUGUGAUUGUUUCCUGUCUCUGAUCUGGAAUUAUGCUCAGUUCUGCAGAGAACUUCACACAGUCCUAGCUUUUGAGAGCAGCCAUCUUCUCUCCCCCAUCAUUACCUCUUCUUCCUAGGUAGUAUAACUGGGGGAGACUUUUAGCAGAUUGCAGGGGAUGUGUUGCAAUUAUUUCUCUGUCAGCACUGAAAUCUAGUCCUUUAUAUACUUAUGUAAGAGUAAAUAUACAAGGGGUAAGGAAAAUGUAGGAAGCAAAUGCCUACUGCAAAGCAUUGUUGAUAUUCUGACUCAAGUUACUAUAUGCUUUUAGCUAUGAAAAAGUAGCCUUUUCUAUGCCUAGUGUCUGGUCAGUUAUGAAUCCUAUUCCUAGUGCACUGUUGUAGGGCUUUGCUUAUGUUGUAUACUAUGCAAAGCUUGUACACUUUAUGUACUGUGCAUUUUACAAUUGCAUAUUACUGUACAGUUUAUACAUAUGCAGUAUUUAAUCUUUGCAUAAAUGCACAGUUCUGAAUCUACCACCUUAGAAAUCAUUUUUCUGUUCCAAACACCUUACCAAAUGUGCACAUGAUAGUGUGGUUACAUUUAUCUCCUAGUUAUCUGAAAACAUAGUGAAGUAGCUGACUUCAUUGGCAGUUUUGUAGCUUUGCUGUCAUGAGUGAUGAAAAUUUCUGUUAGCGUUGAAGCCAUUUUGAAUGAAGGUUUGUACUUUUAUGCCCUUUCUCUGCUGACAAUUACAAGAUCCAUUUCUUUUAUCAGUUGGAAUAUUGUUUCACAAAGACUAACGAAUGAGCAUCCUCUCUAGGGACAGACCCUAAUUUUGGUAUUCAUACAAGGGUUCUUUACUGUUCUAAUGCCUUGAGAGAAUCAGAUGCUUAAAAAGUAAAGUAAAUACAUAUAUCCCAUUAUAAAAACAUCACAACUUGGAUGAAGCACCUCUUCAGAUAUGGUUUUUAUGUGCAAUCUCUGUUACUCUCUUUUGGGCAAGAGAAUGAAUUUCUCCCAGCAACAAGUCCAUUCCUAAUAAUAUGCUUGGAGGACAUAUAAAAAUCCUACAGUAACACUUUAUUAUUCGAAGUUAAAUUUAAAGGUAAAGUUUAGAAAAAUCAAGGCAUGUCUUAAACAGUAAAUAUGACUUGUGGAUCUCUCUUUUAAAUCUUAAGGUUUCCAAUGUGUUGACAUUUGAAGACCGAUUGUAAUGUGGUUAGUUAACAGGUUAAUAGCUUCUGCUGAAAGCUUUAUUAGUAAGUCUGUGUGAAGUCAUUCAGAUAGUUUGUAUUUCACCAACACCAAAACUGCUUGUAAAUCCUAAUAAUUUACUAUUAACUGUUUUCAGAUAUGCUCACUAAAAAUCAGCCAAUUGCAAUUUUACCCUUCCAUACAGCUUUUAAAAACUAGCUUUUUCACCUUCCAAUAUUCCUGUUACUUGGUUAUAACCUUAAAUUAUCUCAAUUAUUUUAUGCUGGAUUGUCUAUUAAUUUGUAUAAAAUUAGUGGGCUCUUGAUUUCAUGAUGGACAAAACCUACCCAAAUUCUUCUAACUCCAAAUAUGUUAGGUCAGCCCGUGCUCCAGCAAGAUUUAUUUUAAAUUGAUAGCUAUGCUUUCAUUUUUGUGGUGGUGUAAUCAUUAGGAGUUAAUACUGAGGCAUAAGAAUUUUUUAUUUUUGGGGGGCAGUGGAAGCACUGAAUAUUCUCACAUUGUUGUCCUACCAGACUGGAGCGUCAUGGCUGUAGAACAGAGUUCUUAAACUUUCUCAAUCCAACAUGGAAACUUCAGCCUUGUAGAAAGGUGGUGGCAGGGUUUCACUCCUAUCCUCUGGCAGCAUUGUGUGUUGCUGGUAUUUUGCUGUAUUAACAUUCCAGUUAAGACUAGCUUUGUAGCCUCCAGGAAUAUGGAUCCACAUCUACUUUGUUUCUGUAAGUAGAUUUCUCUAAGUACAUACAUCUAUAGAUACAUACAUUAAGGGCUUACUGCUGAGCUAAAAUGAAUAUUUAAGUACAGAAAUACACUGAAUGUCUGUACUAAGCAGAUUGCAGGGGCUUUCAGCAGCAAAUCACAAUUAAAGUUAACUUAAAUUCCCCCUCUCCCACACUAGCUACCUGUGAAAUCUUUUGAUACUUCCUGGUUUUGCUAAUGACAUCCCAGAAUGCAUAUGACCACCACUGAUACCUGAUUUUUUUAUGCAGUUCAUGGUAUCUGUGAUGUCACGGAGUGAUGGAUUAAUUCUGGGAUCUCUCUUGCAAACCAGGAAGUGCCAGAGGAUUUCACAAUGGGGUUGGGGAAGGAAGGAUUUUUAAAAAGGUAAAUAGUUGAAUGGCCCUAUAUCCUGUUUAGUGGGGCACUUGGCACAUUUCUGACCUUGACUCAAUUUUCAUAUUAGCUCUUUGCAGUUCAUCUCCAGUCCUUCCUCUACCCCAGCCUGCUUUCUGUGAGAUGGUGAUCUUUUAGGGCAGACCCUAGGUGAAUAAUGAACUGAAAAUUCAGAAUAGAUAUGCUGUGGUAUUAGUGCCCUUGGCAGUUUGUGGCAGAUGCCCUAAAAGUUUUGCCUUGGGGAAUAAUAUCCAACUGUGAAUCACUUCACUGAUACCACAUCCAAGAGACUAAAUGACCCAGUGGUGUAGAUACAUAACUUAUACUUUUUGAAGACCUUUAUUAAUAGAGAAUGGACUCUCCCUCCACAAACUGGAGUAGAACAACUUGGAUUUCUUAUAAUAAUCAUUCAAAAUAUAUAAGUAACUCAUAUUGGACAUCUGGUUAAACCACCAUAGGUUUUAUGUAGCUAAUUUUAUUAAGGGGAUUUUAUACCUAUUAUAUAGGCUUCAACGCUUCUUGUUUUCUGGCAUUACUCAGUACAUGAUAGCCUGAUGUUGUUCACUCAGUGAAGCUAGACAGUGUAAGAAAUUAGUUGUAUUUAUGUGCCUUAAUAAAACAAUGGUUACAUAACACCUUGGUGGGAACUACAGUACAUUACUUGUUUCACCUCAGUGUUGUAUACGUAUAUUUCCAAGAAAAAUGAUGUAAGAUGGCUGCUCCAAAAGACUUCAGGAGUAUAUGUACAUCACUCAGUCACAAACAUUUGAAUACAAGCAAUCGAAUAAUUUCUGGUGUACAGUUUGAAUAUAUAACCUCUGGUAAAUUCAAUCAUCCCGUGACUUUGAUAGACAGACAUCAUAGAGCUGAAUGUUAACUUGUUCCAUAAGACCCUAAGUAGGCCUGACAAUGAGCUGCUGAUUAGAAAAUUGAGGGAGGAGGGGAAUAAAACAUAGACGGGGAGAGUGGGUUGAGUUUUGAAUGGGCUAUGAAAAAUACACAUUGCCUCUACCAGCAUAUGGAUAUCUUGCCAGGGAUAGGGAUACAUGUACUUGCGUGUGUCUGUAAGCGUGUAUGUGUCUGCGUGUGUGUUAUUGAAAACCGCCUGUAAAUAUUGUAGUUGUUUAAAAUGGAAAAAGCAGAGAUUUUUUUGCAAUGUGUUGUAUUAAAAAGGACAGUAUUGACAGUGAAGAAACACUGAGAAAUAAAAUUUUCUUUUUUCA